AUGGAUGGGACAUCGGACUCCAGAAAGUUCUCGUCGGAUGGCCCGUUUCCACUGUACCCACAACAAGUCCAAUUCAACAAGUUUACCCGUCGUCAACGCUCUCUUUUGGCGAAGAAUGCCCCUAAGAGUCGACCCCACGACUUGCCAGACCGCAUCCAGAAAUUCCACUUCACGGAUCUKCCUUUGAAACUUCAAAUUGUCCUCAUCAUGAUCCCAGAAGACGACUUCUGCAAGAGCCGUCCAGAUCUCAUGCCACCGGUAUGUAACUUCAAUUUCGAGGACGACCAGGCAGGCCCGUACUAUUACAGAUGGCAAGGGAUAUAUUCCAAGAAACUCCAGCAGGCUUGUCCGCAAUAUUUUCUACCCACUGGUCCAAUCAUAGGAUGGUGGGACGUGGGUCUCGUCUGGGGUGACACUCAAUCAUUGAGCAUCAUGCAAGGCUUUGCUGAUACCUCAUUCCCUCGCGCUCUUGAGGACCUAAGUGGCAAAAUUCUCCCCAUAGGUCACCCCCGUCAACGACCAGCCAUCCAUUUCAAUCUCGCGAUAGAAAACGUGCCUCGGAUCACAUUCUCGUCGCUGGUGAACUUUGCGUUCCUCUUCGCAACACAUGGACUGAUUGCCCACACGACCGUUGUUAUGGAAUGGUCGUACGAGGCAGAGAUAAACGAGUUCGGUGAAGACAGUCAUCUGGAGCUCCACCUCAGGCUCCCUGAACUAUUCGAUACUCUGUCGAUGAUUGGUCGCAAGUGGUAUGCGAACCGCAAUGCCCGCAUAGAGCAAGACAGACGCGCAGAAGCAACCUCAAGGAGCUCAGGACCAGCGCCAUGGGAUUUGGCUCCGACUACUGCCGCCAGAAUGAAAGCUCCUAAUUUGGGAGGUGGCAAUCGCCUGAAGUUCGCUCGGUUCGUAUGGUCAGAGUUGUUAGCGUGUGGUGAAAAAGAUACCAUUCAAGGGAAAUUCAUCCUCAAUGGACUGGGGCAACUCUCGCCUCAUAUCUUUGACUUCCUGCAUUCAUCCGCAGACAGAGCUCUCAAGAGCGAGACGAAAUGGACAAGCCCAGCGGAUUCUGACAUUGAUAUGUCUGAUCAAUAG